GCAAAAAAAAAAUCUGAAAACCAUUUAUUUCUAAGCUCCGUAACCACUUACAAUGCAUCCACGUAACAGCAAUUUUGCAAUACUAUUUUGUGGCAUUCUGUUUGCCGCAAUUUCGUUGUUAACAGCGCCAACAACAGCACAGCAGCAACAAGUUACCGUGCACCUGUUGGGAGUGGGGAGCGAACGAGAGGCAAUUGUAGAUGCCCCCAACUGGCAUGCAAAAUUCACACCCCAGCAGUUGCAAAUGCAUAUGGGCACCAGCGCUGAAGUAUUACUGGAACUAACAGAUUUGCCCCUGAACGCCGCCUUUGAAGUGCUUAGUGAGAAUCCCAAUUUGGCCAGUGUGCAGCAUCUCAUACCAGCGGAUGUUAUUAAUUCAACUACCCUUGAAUGGCGCGGUAACAUCACAGUCGAUGCCAUCUUUCUUGGCUCCACUAAAGCCUUUGUGCGUCGCGUCAAUACCACAGAUCGCGCUGACGGUACGCUCGAGCUAACAAUCAUACGACGCACGCGCAUCAUAGAUCACAUCUUUACCGGUUCUGUUGCGUUACUCGUUUCGCUGUUGUACAUAAAUUUCGGCGCCGCUUUAGAUGUAACAGUGCUGCGCAGCUUAUUGGCGCGUCCUGUAGCGCCCAUCACUGGUUUUCUUACGCAGUUUAUUAUUAUGCCCCUCUUGGGCUAUGGUCUGGGUGUGCUCAUAUUUCCCGAUUCGCCAGAAUUGCAGCUCGGUCUCUUUUUUACGGGCGUUUCUCCGAGUGGUGGCGCAUCCAAUAUCUGGGCCGUCAUCUUGGGUGGCAAUAUUAAUCUAUCCGUGCUGAUGACCACCAUUAGCAAUUUUGCUGCUUUUGGCAUGAUGCCAUUGUGGAUUUUCACGCUCGGUCAAUUGAUUUUCGAUCGUGCAAACAUUACAGUGCCCUAUGCAAAUAUUGCUACAUUUGCGGUAUCGCUGGUAGUGCCACUUGCCAUCGGACUGGCCAUACAACGUUGGUUACCACGCGUAGCACGUGUGCUGGUGCGGUUGCUCAAGCCGAUUUCCACCUGCCUCAUACUUUUUAUUGUAAUUUUUGCGAUCGUUACAAACCUUUACUUGUUCAAAUUGUUCUCGUGGCAGAUUAUUGUUGCCGGGUUGGCGCUGCCUUGGCUGGGUUACGUGUUUGGGUGGUGUGCGGCGAAAGCUUUGCGUCGCAGCUCCGUUGAUUCCCUCACGAUUGCCAUUGAGACUGGCAUACAAAAUACGGGCAUUUCGAUUUUCCUUUUGCGCUUCAGUUUGCCGCAACCAGAAGCCGAUCUGACCACAGUCAUACCUGUCUCUGUGGCCAUUCUAACACCGUUCCCACUGCUAGGCUUGUAUAUCUAUAAGCGUUGCGCUGAGCGUGGCAUCGUAGAGGGACAAGUGGACACGCAAACGAUUACACCAACUCAUAGAAAUUAGGGAACAAAGCGUGCACAGGGAGUUCGGAAAUGACCUUUCCUGAGUUUUAUUAUUACAUCACAACUUAGAUAUUUCAUGGGUAGAGGGGCUUACAAAAAGCGCAAGCAUAUUUUUUUGUUUGUGGUUUUAUUACAUUUUUUUUUUAUCGUAGCCUUAACGUAUUACGAAGACUUUUUAACAAUGCGACAGUAAAAAAAUAGCUUUAAAGUUUGUUAAAAAAUUGUGCCGCAAAAAGAGUCGCUUUAUCCUCGCUUCUCGGAUAGAAAUAAAUUAGCAUUUGUUUAGCGUGUAAUGCGCCUGCAUUUUACAU